CGCCUGCGAGCCCUUUGGGUUCAGGGCCGCGUCGCGGGCGCCAGGGGGAGGCGCUGCAAGGGCGAGCAGCCAUGCCGCCCAAGGGGGUCGCCAAGGUCCCCUUCGAGCACCGCGUGCUCGCGAGGCUCCUGCUGAAGCAGGAAGUGACGUUCGACACGGUGGAGGAGGAGGUGAAGCUCAAGGCCGUGCAGAAGGUCCACGGCAUCUGCCUGGACUUGUUCGCGGCCCCCGACAAGAUCGACACGGUGGCCGUGGUGACGAAGCGCAAGCUCGAGGACGAGCGCGGUCGCGCCCUGGGCGUGGCCCUCGUGCGCCUGCGGGCCCGCUUCGACGCACUCCAGGCGGCCGGCGUGAGCGACAAGAACGAGGCGGCGCUCCGAGCGUUGAAGGAGUACCAGGCGGACGAGCUCGCCAGGCGGCCGGCCGUCUGACGGGCGUUGCCCGGAAUGGCGCGUCGGCUGGUCUCGGCCCCACGUUAGCGCAGGAGGAGCAACGACAGCAGCAAAAAGAACAGGAGACCGGGUGGGGCCAAUGGGACGGCCCUCUUCCUCGUCCUCCUCCGUCCUCGUCCUCCUCCUCCCCUCCUCCUCCUCCUCCUCCUCC